GGGUGCCGAUUGAGCAAGUCGUAGUGCGGAAAAUGCUGUCAUCGUGGAUCGGCCUGCUUGGACGGCGGAAAACGACAUCCUCGGUCGCAGUUUUACUGACGACGCGCAUUCUUCGGCAUCAUUCUUCGAUUGGUGUUGCUGCUACCGCUCCAUUGACCCGAAAAUUUUUGGUGACAGCAAGUAAUUCCCCGGCCGGUUUUGUUGUUGUUCCCGUUCUACGCAGCUACGGAUCUUGCCCGCUGACAGUAGUAGCUUCCGGUAGUGUUCCGACCAUGGUGGCCAACAAAAAGUACCAAAUCGUGGAACGGGGAGCCCCCAACUCGACCGACUAUCGGGUAUUUUUCAAAACCGAAGACGGCCAAUCGGUGUCCCCCCUUCAUGACAUUCCGCUGUACGCCAACGACGCCAAGACGGUGUACAACAUGGUGGUCGAGGUGCCCCGCUGGACCAACGCCAAGAUGGAGAUCAGCCUGGCCGAGGGACUGAAUCCGAUCAAGCAGGACGUCAAGAAGGGCAAGCUUCGAUUCGUGGCCAACUGUUUCCCGCAUCACGGGUACAUCUGGAACUAUGGCGCAUUCCCGCAGACCUGGGAAAAUCCGGACCACCUGGACCCGAACACCGGCUGCAAGGGAGACAACGAUCCGAUCGAUGUGCUGGAAAUUGGAUCCCGCGUUGCCAAGCGGGGCGAUGUGGUGCAGGUUAAGAUUCUGGGCACGGUGGCGCUGAUCGACGAAGGCGAAACCGACUGGAAGGUGAUUUCGAUCGACGUCAAGGAUCCGGUGGCCGAUCAGCUGAACGAUAUCAACGACGUGGAAAAGGUCUUCCCGGGUCUGCUGAAGGCCACCGUCGAGUGGUUCAAGAUCUACAAAAUUCCUGACGGUAAACCGGAAAACCAGUUUGCCUUCAACGGAGAGGCUAAGGAUGCGGCUUUUGCUACAAAGGUCGUUGAGGAAACGAACCGCUUCUGGCGAACACUGGUCAACAAGGAAGUCGAAAAUACCGGAAUUUCUUGUCUUAACACAACCGUCGAAGGAUCCCCGUACUUGGUGGCCGCCGAUGCUGCCGAGGAAGUUUUGACCAGAAGUUCGAAUGGUGGAGAAACUCAGCCACGUAGUGAUACCAUUGACAAAUGGCACUACAUUACCUUGAAGUAAGAAACCAAUGGCGAGCGACUUCUGCUGUUCAACUGAUUAUCGUAAUAGUCACGUAAUGAUUAUAGAUCCUUAUCGGUCGUUGUUAGCACAAUCAAUGAAGAAAAAACUCAGAAAGUAAAUUAUUGUAGGGGAGCUCUCUGGCGUAGCGGAUGUAGAGCUACAGUGGUUCUUGAUGUAUACACAGAAAUAAGCAUUUCCAAUAAGUCCAAUAAAAAUUGCACCAGGUUGUCCGAUACCUAAA